GGGAAGGGGAGAGGCGGGGCCCGGGGCCGGCCUGAGCCUCGGCCCGGCGGGCUCGGAGACGUCUGGCAGGCCGCGGGCGGCUCAGGCUAGCGGCGCUGCCUGGCGUCGGGCCGGAGAGCAGCCGUUCCGGAGGAGGGCGACGACGGGAGCCGCUGCCGGAGUCAGGUGAUGAGCCCACUGUCCCUGCAGAAGGGAGCCCCCAGGAGAUGGCCACCAAAUCGCUGCCCAGCCUGCUCACUUUCCUGUGUGGCUCCGCGGUGGGCUUCUUCCUGUGCUAUCAGCUCCUGCACAUCCUCCUGGAGAAGCCGGCCGAAAUCCAGCCUCACAUUCUCCAUAAUGAUCCGCAUGCCAGGCACUCAGAGGACGUUGGCCAUGGGCACCUCGAAGGCCAGAUGGACUUCGGUGCAGACAUCAGCCAGCACAGAGAUGAGGAUAAGCGCAUGGCCGAGGAGCUCUACCGCAAGGUCAGGGUUCUCUGCUGGGUCAUGACGGGGCCUCAGAACCUCGAGAAGAAGGCUAGGCACGUCAAGGCCACGUGGGGCCAGCGCUGUAACAAGAUCCUGUUCAUGAGCUCAGAAGAGAACAAGGACUUCCCCACCGUGGGGCUGGACACGCGCGAGGGCCGCGACCAGCUCUACUGGAAGACCAUCAAGGCCUUCCAGUAUGUGUACGAACACUACCCAGAUGACGCCGACUGGUUCAUGAAGGCCGAUGACGACACCUACGUCGUCCUGGACAACCUGCGCUGGCUGCUGUCCCGGCACGACCCUGCCAAGCCCAUCUACUUUGGGCGACGCUUCAAGCCCUACGUGAAGCAGGGCUACAUGAGCGGGGGCGCUGGUUACGUGCUCAGCAAGGAGGCCCUCAGGAGGUUUGUGGAGGCCUUCAGGACCAACAGGUGCUCACAUAGCUCCUCCGUGGAGGACCUGGCACUCGGCAAGUGCAUGGAGACCAUUGGCGUGGAGGCCGGAGACUCGCGGGACCCCAGUGGCAAGGAGACCUUCCACCCCUUUGUCCCCGAGCACCACCUCAUCAGGGGCUACCUGCCCAAGACCUUCUGGUACUGGAACUAUAACUACUACCCUCCUGUCGAGGGCCCAGGUUGCUGUUCAGACCUUGCUGUUUCCUUCCACUAUGUCGACUCUACCACUAUGUAUCAGCUGGAGUACCUCGUGCAUCACCUGCGUCCCUACGGUUAUUCCUACAGAUAUCAGCCAGUCUUUCCUGAGGCGCCAGCCAAGCAAACAAGCGAGGCCAACAAAAAACAAGACCCACAAGAGAAAUUAGGAAACCGGUAGAGAGGGAACCCUCCUGAGUCGAAGGAGGCAAGAUAGGGCCCACGCCCCAGCAGCAGCGCAGGCAGGAGAGCUCUUUGGACACUGGGAGCCUGCCAAGGAAUCCAUUUUAAAUGGAUGUGCCACCUUCUGUAGGAAGCAGGGACAGCAGCUGUGGAAUGUGCCAGACUGCUGGUACAGGGAUGGAUGUAUGGAUGAAUGGAUGGAUAGGUGGGUGGAUGGAUGGAUGGGUGGAUGGAUGGAUGGAUGGGUGGAUGGGUGGAUGGAUAGAUGGGUGGGUGGGUGGAUAGGUGGAUGGAUGGAUGGAUGAAUGGAUGAGUGGCUGCUCAGAUGGAGAUGUAAAGGAUUUGUAUUUCCCAAACUAAACACCCCCAUUUGUUGGCAGCUGGGAGACAGCCUGAGUAAAAGAGUUUGCUUUUGCCUCAGACCCCUCCAUCCUCCGUAUGUCUGUCAUGGAGGGAGGUUGGCACCCAGGCUCCCUGUGUGCUCCUGGAAGCAGCGGGUCUGGGGUGGGGAGGGGGCUUCUUCUAUUCCAAUCCAACCUGCCUUAAAGAGGAGAGCCCUUCUGAGGACGCAGGAGCUUGCUGCUGCUGCUUCUCUGGCCCCAUCAGGCUUUGAGCUUGUCUCUGCUCCAUGAAUGAGAAAAGUGCGGGACCCUGCAGACCGUGGCAGCUCUUCCUAGCACAGACCUCACCAUGGCUGGCUCCGGAGGAAGGUGACCCGGAUGCCUUGUCCAGGAUCCAACCGAAGACACCUCCCUUCCACCAGCCUGGUGUGGUGCAGGUGCUCCAUCCAUACCACUCUUGUCCACUGUCCAUCCCCAGCCUGGCCUGUCUGAAAGCCUCACAGACCUGGCUUUGCCCUGAUUCUGCCUGCCUUCUCCCACACGCCCUUGGUCUUCUGUGAAUGCCCCUUUUCCCAGUGUUUCCAGAAGAGGACCUUGAGUAAAACAUCGCACCAGGCGAUUGUCAGUCAGAUGGGCUGCUCUCCUCAUGUCCUGAGGGGACCCUCCCAGUGGUCUGUCAAGAGCAUGGCCAGCCACCAUCUAGGGAGGGACCCCAGGAUCUCCCAAGUCCCAUCUGGCUUCCAGAAUCAUCUUUUCACUGGCAGGGGUUGGAGGAAGAGGGGCUCAAUAAAGGAGGGGCCACCUGACUCUGGGCCCUGUGCCUCCCUGGAGUGGGCUUUUGGGCCAAGGUUUUUAAGUGACUCCGACCACUAAGACUCCGGGGCAGGGCCAGCCCUGAUGCUUCUUCCCCUGGAGAGCCAGGAGGCACCUGGGCCUAGCUUCCCUGCCCCCAUGGUGUGUUUAGGUUCUUUUAUGGGGGGUGGGGGCUCUGCCCAGACUGGGAGUGCCCUGUGGCCCCCACCUUCUAGGUGACUGGUCCCCUGAGCAGAGCCAAGCACUUUUAGGGCUCCUCUCUACAGAACCGCUCAGCACUUGGGAAUGAUUGUCAGUGGAAAUGGAUGGAGAGAGAUUGGGGAGGAGGGGGUAGAAGGCUGACACCUCCCAUCCCAGGGAGGCAGGGUGCAGAGGCCUCCUCCUGUGGCCAGUGACAUCCAGAGAGCAGAGUAUCAUGGGAGGCCAGCUCCCCAAAGGCAAACCCAGGCAGUGUUUUUGUUCCUCUGUCCAGUAUGGAUCGCUAGGAUGAAGGUCACCCUUGCUCAAACCCUCAGCCAAGUCUCCCAUGAAAGGUUCCUGUGAUCUGUGCAGACACAUUCCGGGUUAAAGCAACAGGCUGUAACCUGAGAUACUUAAAUGAGCAUGAGAAUCCUUCCCCCAGCCUCCUGCCAGCUUGUGGGGGCAUUCCACAACUUUGUAAAGCCCCUACUGGGUGCAAGGCAUUGCCCUCCGUGCUAGGGGAGGCUUCUUGAGAUCCCAUCAGCCUCCAGCCCAGCUGAGGGCUACAUUCAUGACCUGCCGGGACAUUUCCCAGCUCUGACUUUAGGGCCAGCAGAUGGUGGAAUUAGUGACUUCCUCUGAAGGAGGAGGGCAGGCAGUGCCCAGGAAAUGGCAGGGGGCUAGCAGAGUCCAGGAGUUUCCUCACAGGCCCGCAGAAGCAGGUGUUUCUCUUUCCACCACUGGGUCCCCAGGAUCCCUAUUCUGCCUCAUUCUCCUGAGGGUGCCUUUGGGCUCGGAGCGAUGUCCUAGCCCUUCCUGGCCCAUGCCUGAAAGUCCAGAUGCUCACUAAUGUCUGCUCCCUAUGUCUGGCUUUGGGCAGCUGUUGAUUGGGGGUAGUCACUGUGUCUGCCUCCGGAAUAGCAUCCAAGGGUUUCAGGGGCUCCCAGAGCAACCAUCCAGGGACAGGAGGGGCUGGAGCACAAGGGCUUCCUGUGGCCUAAAGACUGGACUCUGGAGGCUGUGUUACUUGGGCUGGGGGGCAGGUAACAGCCUUAUUCCUCCCUCCCUGGAGCAGUCAGAGAAAGCCUUCCUGUCUGCCCUCUGUCUCGUCUCCAGGCUUCGUCAGGAAGGGGUUUGGAGACCCGACACCACGGUAUCCAGCGUGCCAGGGGCUUAGCUUCUGGAAUGAGAGGGGAGGAUAUCCCAAGCAGGGGAGGAAGCUGCCCUUCGUACUUUCCCUCCUGGCCUGGCCUGGAAUGGAUGGAGAGGGGCAAUGCUCUUUGUAAACCCGUGUUCCUGAAGUGCCUUUUGGAUGGUUGUGGUUCUUUUAAAUCCAUGAAUUUAAACCAAGAAUUGCACAAAAAUAAACAUGAAUGGCCAUCUCCUAA